GAAAGAAAAAUGUAAGGAAGGGAGAUAACUGUUUGUUUAUCUCGCCCAAUUCUUUCAAGACUUUAGGGUUUUGUUUCCUUAAAGUGCACAACACGCCUUACUUCGGACAGAUACCUCUAUGGAACCACUUUUACCAACUCAGACCAAUUCUAACCACUUCAAAUUCUUCUAAUUAAUUUAUAUUUCACUAAGAUGUCUAACUAUUCCAUUACUAGACUUGUGAGUUUGUUUACACUCGCCUGUCUGGUAAUUAAUAUUACAAAAGGAGAUGCUCCUGAAAAACCCAGUUGCGGCUGUUCUACGAGCCGGGGUCAAUGUGGACAAGAAACAAAUUCCGAAGAAAACAGUAAAUAUUCCUCAGAAGCAAAUACUCCCAGUUCUUCCAUCCCACACACGGAAGAAAUGUCAUUCAUUCCAGCAGGAAAGUUUCAAAUGGGUACAAAUAGACCGGUAUUUGUCGCCGAUGGAGAGGGUCCAGAGAGAGAAAUAGAGAUAAAAUCAUUUUAUAUGGAUAUUCAUGAAGUUAGUAAUGCAGAAUUUGAAAAGUUUGUGAAUGCAACCGGUUACGUUACUGAGGCUGAAACAUUUGGCAAUUCAUUUGUAAUGGAAAACUAUCUGAGUGAAGCUACUUUAAAAAAUGUUACUCAAGCUGUAACAGCUGCUCCUUGGUGGGUGUCUGUUAAUGGAGCUUUCUGGAGAGCACCAGAAGGUAAUGAUUCAUCAAUAAGAGACAGAAUGAACCAUCCAGUUAUCCAUGUUUCUUGGAAUGAUGCUGUUAAGUACUGUAAAUGGGCUGGCAAAAGGCUGCCAACUGAAGCAGAAUGGGAGUAUGCUUGUCGAGGUGGUUUAUUACAAAGAAAAUUUCCCUGGGGUAACAAAGAAAAUCCAGAGAACAAACAUUGGAUGAAUAUAUGGCAUGGAGAAUUUCCUACAAAAAAUACUGGAGAUGAUGGUUUCCUUGGUACAGCACCGGUGGAUGCAUUCCCAACUCAGAACAAGUUCAAACUGAAAAAUAUAAUUGGAAAUGUAUGGGAAUGGACACAAGACUGGUGGAAUACACAUCAUUCUAAAGAGUUUGCUAAAAAUCCAAAAGGGCCUUCUAAAGGAACGAGUAGAGUAAAGAAAGGAGGCUCGUUCUUGUGCCAUAAGGAUUAUUGCUAUAGAUACCGUUGUGCAGCUCGAAGUGAGAACACUCCUGAUUCAUCUGCCUCCAAUUUGGGUUUCCGCUGUGCCACAUCUAAACCCCUUGCGACGCCAGGAUAAAAUUAUUUCCUUUUAUUAUUUUACUUAUUUUUUAAUUAUUUUUCCUAAAUAAAUAAAUUUCUCUAUAUUAUCUAAAAUAAAAUACAACUUAAUAUUUUUCA